AUGGAAGCCAGCCAUGUCGAAGACAACGCCAAAGGAGGAGAAGACUUCAUUGAAGACUCUACCCCUGGCCUCUUCCUGAACCUUUGUGUUGUCGCAACCGCCAUCGGUGGUAUGCUCUUUGGCUACGACACUGGGGUCAUCUCUGGCGUUCUUGUAGUUCUUGGAGAUGAUCUCGAUGGACGACUGAUGAGCCAUGGAGAGAAAGAGCUCAUCACUUCUCUCUGUGCUGCUGGUGCCUUUAUCGGAGCCAUCAUUGCAGGAAUCACAGCUGACAAGUACGGAAGAAAGCCUGCUAUUUGGUUUGCCUCAGUGCUCUUCACGAUUGGAGCUGUUGUACAAGCUGCCUCAUACUCACUGGUCCAAAUGUGUGUCGGUCGAGUUCUCGUUGGCCUUGGCGUUGGUUCAGCCUCCAUGAUUAUACCUCUUUACAUCGCAGAAAUUGCCCCUGCCAAGUACCGCGGCCGAAUGAUCUCUAUCGACAUGGUUUUCCUCGCGACCGGUUCCCUCCUUGCAUAUGCUUUCGAUGCGGCCUUCUAUAAAGUACCCCACGGAUGGCGAUACAUGGUUGGACUGGGAGGACUGCCAUCUAUUCUGCUUGGUGUUCUUUUGUUCUGGUGCCCCGAGUCACCACGCCAGCUGUGCUUCCAUAACCGAUCAGAGGAAUGCCUUCAAGUCUUGCGACGCAUGUAUCCUACCGCCGACGAGACCCAAGUCUCUCAAAUGAUGGCCCAUAUCCAAUACGGCGUUACCCAAGCAAAGGCCCUCAAUGAGGAGAUCUCAGUCCGUCAGUCUCUCAAGAGCCUAGUAACUGUUCCUGCCAACCGCCGAGCCGCUAUCGUCGCGUGUGGUCUCAUGGCUACUCAGCAGCUGUGCGGCUUUAACACCAUGAUGUACUACUCGAGCACUCUUUUCCAAAUCGUUGGCUUCAACAACCCAAUUGCUGUUGGAACCAUUGUUACCGCCACAAACUGGAUUUUUACAUUCGCUUCCGUUUUCCUUAUCGACAGGGUCGGGCGUCGCAGACUACUCCUCUGGACCAUGUGGGGAAUGCCUGUAUUUCUCGUGCUAGCUGCUGCAGUGUUCACCAAGAUACCGAUUGACCGACAGACUCUGGAGCUCACUGAUGAUACAGUCGGAUGGCCUGCUAUUGUUGUCCUGGUCUCCAUGAUUCUCUUCGUUGCCAGUUAUGCUGCUGGUUUAGGAUGUGUUCCAUGGCAAGCUAACGAGUUCCUUCCUAUGGAAGUCCGUGCUAUGGGUACCAUGAUGAUCAACAUCUGCAACUGGGGUCCUAAUAUUAUCGUGUCGUCAACCUUUCUGUCAAUGAUGCGCGGAAUAUCUCCCUCAGGCACUUUUGGGUUCUACGCGGCUCUCUCGUUGGCCGGCCUUCUUUUCGUCUUCUUCUGCUAUCCUGAGGCUGCAGGAAUGACUUUGGAAGAGAUUCGUGUCGUUUUUGAGCACGGCUUUGGUGUCAAAUACGCUGAGGAGUGGCGGAAACAGAAAAAGCUAGGAAACAUUACCCAUGGAGCAAAUGAGACCACAAAAGACAUUGUCUGA